AUGAGCGUUACUUUUGAAUCGCCUUCACAUCGAACACAGAACAAUGACUCAUAUUUUACACCACUCAGUAUGCCGAGCAUACUGUCCUCGAGCAACAACGAUGCAACGACAGGCAACAAUAGCGGAUCUACCACGCCUUAUUUUACAGCACCAGUGGAUCCUAUGAUUCACCAAGAUUUUCUUAAUGCCAUUCGAACUCGCCAUGCAAAUCAGCCAGGGUUCUCCAUGAAUAGCCCUUCAACACCUCCCAUAACUGAAAAGAGUGGCUUUAAACUUAACAGUGGCGGCGGUGGCAGCAGCAGCACUCUGGCAAACCGACGUAUGCUGCGUUGCAGCAAUAAUAAUCAAAGUCCACGGCAACAGCAGCAAGCAAGCCCACUAGAGCCUAGACAGCUACACAGUAUACUUGCCAACAAAGGCGGUAUCGACAAAACUCUUCUCCUUGAUACACGGUCAUUUGUCCAGUACUCCCAUGGACGGAUACGAACGGCAAUCAACAUAUCUAUUCCCAACACCAUCCUAAAACGGCCGACGUUUACCAUGGACAGAGUGUACGAAGCAAUCGUACAAGAGUCGGAUAGAAAGCGACUUGAACGAUGGCAGUCAAUGGACAAGAUCAUUAUGUACGACCAUGGAUCGCAGAAUCUUCCUGAAAAUUGUGCAGCAUCUUAUAUGAGCACGAAAUUAAGCCAAGCUGGAUACAAGGGGCAACUUCUCUACUUGAAAGGCGGAUUUGAUACUUUUUCAACCAUUUUCCCAGACGAAUGUGAAGCAGCUUCAGAUUCAAGCCGCGGAGCAAGUGGGUCACUUCCUCAAUUGCUAUUGCAGUCCCAAGCUAGCAAACCCCAGGGUGCGAAACCGUUUUCAUUGAAGCUCCCGGAAGCAGCAGCACCGGCAGCAGCGAACCGCAGCAACACUCAAAUGGGCCCCUUUACGGCACCGAUGCCGCAGUUUGAAAACCAUGCCUUUAAUCCUUUUUUUUCCAACAUCCGACAAAAUAUGGAGUUAUCUCACGGACCUAUUCGCGAGCGAUUUUCUAUCCGGCUCCCUCGCGAUUGCAGCCAGAACACAGAGACUGGUAUUGUUGAAGCAAAGCGGCCUCGUUCUGUGGAUAAUGUGACUCAUGUCGAUGAAAAUGGCCACUUCAUUGUACCACGAUGGCUACGGCAGACUAUUGUUGACGAAUCGGGACCGAAAUCAUUGGCGGAGAUGUACGAGAAAUUGGAACGAGUUGAACAAAGACGACUACAAAAUAUCAUGCUUUAUCAUUCCAAGCAUACAAGCACAACUUCCAGUGAAUUCCCUUUGAGCAUUGUUGCCGGUAUCGAAAGAGGAACAUUGAACCGGUACACUAAUAUAUGGCCGUUUGAGUAUACACGUGUCAAGCUAGCGAGCCCACGAAAUGAUGCAACCGAUUAUAUCAACGCUAGCUAUAUACAGUAUACGCGAGACACAGCUGAUGGUGUGGAUGACUCACACGUCAGUCAAGCUUCUUUGAGGUGCAUGCAGGCACAUUCUGCUCGAGGUCAGCAAGAAUUUAGACGCUACAUCUCAACUCAAGGUCCUUUGCCGGACACAUUUGCCGACUUUUGGCAAAUGAUGGUGGAGCAAAAUUCUUACGUUAUAGUGAUGCUAACUAAACAAGAAGAAAUGAAUAAGGUAAAAUGCCAUCAAUAUUGGCCUGACAAGGUCAAUUCGCCCACGCGGUAUGGGUGUGUCACCGUCACCUUGUUCUCAGAAACUGUACGCCCUGUUCGGAAAGAUGAUCAAGAUGAUGCUGUUAUUAUCCGGCAGCUGCUCGUGCAACAUCAAUCAAACAAUACACGACGCACAGUCACCCAGUUGCAGUAUACGGGAUGGAUGGAUUUUGGAGUUCCUGACACUCCUGAAGGAACGCUGCAGAUUGUUGCGGCAGCAGACGAAGCUCAAGUCUUGUACGAAACACAACAAGAACAUGUUGGUCCAAUGGUUGUUCACUGCUCUGCUGGUUGUGGCCGCUCUGGAGCGUUUUGCGCGAUAGAUACUGUUAUCCACCGUCUGACGCGGCCCAAUACAGGGACACCCGACAAGGACCUGCUGUUCGAUACGAUCUCGCGGUUCCGAGAACAGCGUGUGAGCAUGGUGCAGACACUACGACAGUUUGUGUUCUGCUAUGAAACCAUUUGGUGGUGGUUGCUCGGGUAUGGGUCAACUCCUGCUAUGCCCAUGGAUUUAAGUGAUAAUUAA